AUGGACGCGGCGUCGGCCAUCAUUGGCAUUUUUGACUUUUCGCUCAAAAUCGGCAAGUUGGUGAUAAACUAUGGAAAGUCUAUAAAAAACAUGAACAAGACGAUUCAAGAAAUAUCAAAGACAACGGCAGAGAUCGAAAAGUGGCUACACGACGUUGUAGGGGAGCACGAAGAACGGUUGAAUGCUUAUCUGGAAACCUCGAGCGCUUUGCGAUCGGCGCUUUCGAAAGGUGGCGAUUUGGUAAAGUACAGAGAUACUAUGGAGCUGAUGUUAGAAGAUAUGUUAAAGUAUAGUCCCCUUUCCCUUGAAGAGAAGGGCGAUUUCAAGCGGCGUAUGCGAGUGAUGGGCAAGAGAGGCAUAGCCAAGGGAAAGUGGCCUUCGGUAGAAAAGAAAUUACGAGGGCUCGAAAGUGAGCUCAAGGAGCUCUUUGGGAGGAUAAAAAGCGCAUCGUCUGACACGACGCUCUGUUUCUGUGGCCUACCCGGGGCGGGCAAGACGUUUAUCGCGACAGCCAUCAUCGACGACUUAUCCCACAAGAUUGAGGCCAUAGGCAAUGGUAACGCUAAGACAGGCUUGGCGUUCCUGUACUUCAGCUCCGAUAUCAGCAAGGAGAACCAGUCAGCCAGACGGCUACUCGGCCACAUUCUGAGGCAGCUGAUGCUCAACUUACCAGACGACGGAAACGAGAACAGCCCCUACCCCCUAGUGAAGGCCCUCUACGACCGAAAUAUGCGGUCGAACUUGAGUGUUAAAUCAUCGAUGCCAGAAACCUCAGAUCUGAUCGAAAAACUGGAGAACGUCAUCGACUGGUAUGACAGGGUGUAUCUUAACGACCGCGAACACUACAAGAUCAAGAUCUUGACCACAUCGACCCCAACGUUUGCACAAUCAAAAUUGGUUUGCAUCGACGACACAAAGCAGCUGUCGCUGGAAAUCCGGGCAAACGACGAAGAUAUUAAGAUCUACGCUGAAUCUAUGAUUCCAGCUCUGAAAUCGAGCCUGGUCAAGUGUGACGCCGGGGACGUCCAUAAAUUCAUUGAAGUUGUGACCAGGGAGGCAAAUGGCCUCGGCAGCAGCAAAUGGGCACCGCUUCCGUACCGCGAGAUGGCCAGAUACUGCAUUGAUCAGCUCUGCCUGCCCGACCUCUCAUCGGGUCCUUUGCCUGGGGUCACGUGGUAUCGUCUUGGGCCGCUCGAGAGGCUGCUGCAGGACCGGCCUCUUCUGCGCUAUGUGUCGUCGAAUUGGGUGCAUCAUGUCUCUACGGGUGUAUGGGAGAAGUUCGAGAGGGCGGAGGACGCCAGAAAGUGGCUGGAGGCACGACUGAAGGAGACUCUCGUCGACAAUGCCAACAACGUGCUUUCGGCCUUCCAGGUGCUCCUAGUCAAGGCGCGAAAUCCGUUUCCAGCAGGCGUCGCCGUCAUGCACAACGUCUGCUACGUUGGCGAGCCGGAGUUUCUGGCCGUACUUCGACGGAGCAACAGGCAGGACCACGACAGAGCGUGUGACGAAGAUGGAAAGACGGCACUACACUGGGCGAUCCUUUGCCAGGAUAGCAAGAAGGCCGCAGACAUGGUGAAGGUGCUCCUAAAGGACUUUGUAGGAAAUAUAAAUGCGACCGACGCGGACGGCCGCACGCCGCUACACUAUGCGGCCCUGGUCGGAGAGACCGAGACCACCAAACCACUUCUGGUCCACGGCGCCAAGGCCGAGGUCGGAAAGCGACGACAACAGAUCACGCCUCGGAUGACGGCCUGCUUUUGUGGACUCGACAAGGUGGUGGUUGAGCUGCUGAUUAACAAUGCCAAUGUGAAUGCGCAGAGCGAACAGAUGGGUACGCCCUUGAAAGCCGCCUUCAUGGCUGCAUCGGAGGAGUGCUCUGACGGGGCUCUGCAGCAGGCCGCUACCGGCACGUCGGCACCCAUCGUCAAGCUGUUGCUGGACGCUGGCUUUAACGCGAAUUGUCUAGCAGGAACUCCGGCCGUGACUCCGCUUCAGGGGGUGGUGGCAGUCAGUCAUCCAUGGCUGCAGCCGGGCAGUAAUGUGGACAUUGUCCGGCUGCUCCUGGAUCACGGGGAAAAGACGACUGCGAGGUUCCCUGACGGUAGCACUAUCCUGGACGUGGCCGUCAGUAACGGAUAUGGUGACGUGGCCCAGCUGCUGCGAGAACGGGGCGCAACCAACAGCAGAGGCUGGGGACUAGGAAGCCGCAGGCUGUCCAGUACUGCCUCGAUGCAGGCAGCGGCGGCAGUCGACUUACACGAGGCCGAAAGCGGGUAUGCUGGAGGAGUGAUGAGAUCUAUGCUAGACAGCCAGCUGCAGCUGUUCGUGGCAGCUGUCACAAUGGGCCAUGACAGCAUGAUGGAAGAGUACCUGGUCAUGGUUCUGACAGCUUUUAAAUGGACUAUCCAGAAGAGGCAGGGGCCGUCUUUGCGGGCGUUAUGCGAUGUAUCUGUAACGGCUUUCAAAAAAGUUGUCGAGCUCGCGCGGAACGACCAGGACGGUAGUGACGAGAACGGGGAUGAUCAACCAUUAUCAUCGGCUGCUAAUACCCCAGCGCAUAGUCAGCGUCUGCAGAUGCUGGUCAGGCCAGCUUUGGCUGGGGCAACCGCAGUGCUUUCCUUGCUUACCGGAUGGGAGACGCCCAGCGCAGAAGAGAUGAAUGACAGAAACCGACAAGCCGCGAGCAGUGCCAGUGGCAAGCUGGAGAGGGUCACGCAGACAGCAGUGGAGAUCCUUCUCAUGGCAGCCAGCGAUCCCAUGAUGGAGGUCCUGGUCAAAUGCCUGGUGAAGGACUUUGAGGACUUGUUCAAGGCUAGCGAUCUGAUCAAAGCCAAGAAGCAGGCUAUCAUCGGCAUCGAGCUGCUGGCAUCAGCCACCAGACAGCGCUAUACGCAACUGGCCUAUAACCUAGCCGCCAUCUGGGCGUUGGCCGCGCGCAACGUCUGCUGCAAGGGCUUCAUCGUCCACGAUGGAAUGUCUGUCUUCAUGUUCAACCUUGAGGCGACAUUCCUGGCCAGUCAGGUGUUGCCGACCGGCCGCCACGAAAUGGAGCGCUUCGGCACAGCUUGUGUGGAGAUUCUUGCUGCCAUGGUGGCAGAUCCGCAUGGGAUUCCCGACAUUAUCCACUCAAUGGCCACCGUCUUUGUCGAAGGCUGGGUCACAACAGACACAGCUCAGCCCAGUAUUCUCAGACAUGCCGUCGCUGGCUGGGGCGUCACGCGCGAACACUUGUUCUUGAGGACGAGAACCCUUGUGGCUGCCAUGUUCGGGAUCCUCUAUGCCACUAUCCGUGGCGCUCAUAGUAUUGUUCAGGAACACAUUGCCGACUUUGCCGUCUUUACAAUUGACCAGGCACGGCUACAGGAGGAGCGGGCCGUCUACAACCAGAUACUGGGAUUCAUAGAAACUUUACGCUCUACCUACGCGUCAGCAACAGGUAUCUCGCAGGUGUUUAAUGUCGUUCUAGAGAAGGCUCGGAGUAGGGGAAGCACAAUCGUAGCCGAAAUGCUUCAGACGCAGUUGGCUCUUUUGUGA